AUGGAUGUGCCGCCAGGAUGGAUCACAGUCGUGCAUCCAGAAGGUUCUCGCUACUUUGUGAACCUGGAAAAAAGAACGUGCACAGAAAUGAAUAUUUGUGACGAAGAGAUACGCGAAGACAUCGAAUACUGCAUGCAUUACUUCCUGCGGGAAUUGGAGUUGGCCAUCCUUACACGCGAAGAGCUUCAGCUUGACAUGAAGCAGGUAGACCUUGUGCUAGAGCCAAAGAAAAACUCCGAAAACUUCGUCGUUUUUCACUAUUACUUCGUCAAUCAUCGUGACAGGACCCUCUUUUGGCUGGAUGAGUUCAAUCCCAAGGAGAUUUUAUCCAAUUGUCAAGGCGUCGAGAGUCUUUCGCACAUACAACUUGCCGUCCAAGCACAAUACUGGAGGCAUUGGGAUUACUUCCCUAGCUUGUGCUCGGUCACACAGAACCUUGUCAAUGAGGUUAAAGAUAUGUUGGUGUAUGCGACAUGUGACCACAUGGUGUCGAGGCAGUCCUCUGCACCAUAUGAUCUCAUCCAGCUCAGGGAUUACAUCUCUUUGGUAGACAGCAUAAAUGUGAGCUCAUUCACCUACCUGGCUGUAAUUUAUGGUGAUUUUCUAGCUCGCAAUCGGUUUACGAAUUUUCACGGAGAAGACUGCGCGAGACUGUCCUUUAAACAGACAGUUCAUGGUUGGUUCUACACACCAUCAUUAUUGUUGUUUGUUUUCGCGCCCCUCCUGUUCUUCGAGUUCGAGACCCACAUCACAGAAUUGCACAAAAUUUUUGCUGACAAAAUAGCCUACAAGCCCCGGUGGGAUGCGUACAGUUUGAAAUUCAGGGGGCAGCUUAAUGACUCCAAUCUCAUGGCGAGUCCCCAUUUUCGUCGCGCCACUGUCUUGCUCAAUGCCAAUGUCGGGUUUCUGGCUAUCAACACUGUUGACAGGGGCGGUACAUCUGUCAUUCAGAUGGCGAGCUAUAUGUCCGUUGUGACGAGCUUGGGAAGUAUAUUUCUCGGCUUGUCCUUGGUUUCCCAAGAUCGAACAUGUGGAGAACAUACAGCCUCAGAAAUAACAUCGUUUCUGACAACACUUCACAACGAGGACCACGGACUUGAAAAGCUGGCCAUCAUUUACAGUCUUCCCAAGGCGCUGCUGAUGUGGGGCAUGUUCUUCUUUUAUGCGGCAUUCUCGGUCGAUUGGUGGCUUUAUGGAGAUACAAUUUCCAGAGCCGUCGUUGGUUUCGUGGCACUGGUCGUAUUCAUGGUGAUUUUUAACGGUAUGAUUCGGACGAAGAGAGGAAGACACCCGCUGGAGUGGUAG